CUUCAGAGCCUUCAUCUGUUAUGUUCAGUUUUAUUUUCCAAAGAGAACGCGAAACUCCCCAACCAACCCUUACUGGCCCCGGCCCGCCGGGUAUGGGGGCGCACAAGCCCUGAAUGCUUUACAGGCAGAUCUCCGAUUUGAUGGAUGUAGUUUUACUUGGUCCACUCAAAAAUGAUCCGAUUUGAAUGGUUUUAUGGCGGAUUUUCCCAGGAGUGCACAUGGAUGAAGUGCAUCUUGUCUGCCAAAUCAUAGGAUUUCAUGGGUCUUAGGGAAUCCUCCGAAAGCACUACAAAUGUAAUGAGGGCAGACGACAGUGUGCCCUCUAUAGCUUUAGUUUUUGACCCAAUAGCAGAGCAACUGCCCUUCUUUUGAGCCUUUAGAACUGUUUUUUACAUUGACCCAAAAGAUGCCACGAUCUCCAUUUGAAAUUUUAAACGUACAAGAGAAGCCCUUUAAAGAUCGUGGUUUUGGAUGUGUUUUAGUGAGGAAUCAGUCGGUAAUGAUGGACUCCCAGAAAACAGCUUUAGUGACAUCUUUUGAAAUAGCAAAGGAAGAGCAAGAUGAACGUGCCUUUCAGGAAGAGGAAAACAAUGAUCCCAGUGGCUCUGAGGACGAUGUCGGGGAAGCUGAUAUUAGCAAGAUUGUUUGUGCAAAGAGAAAAAGACUGGAAGUGGACACUAAAGCUUUGCUCCAAGUGACUACCCAGAAACUUGAACAGAUUUGGCAAACGGAGAAAGAGCAGAGGAAUAUGAUCCAAAAAGACUAUUCCCAGCACUUUCUGACAAUAUUUAAGCAAUGGGAUAAGGAUAUUCAGAAAGCUGAAGAAUGCAAAGAAAAAUUAGGUAAGCUGAUUUAUGAACAACAAAAAGUUUACCAGCAAUUAAGAUUGAUUCAGAGCCAAAGGCUGAAUACAAUUAAGCAGAUAUGUGAACAAUUUUCAAAGGUUAAUGAAGAAAUGGAAAAGAAAAAUGAAAUCGUUUUAAUAAAAUCACAAAAUGAAAUUGAAAAAGAAUUUCUUGCACAUCGAAGCAAGAUUAGAUUGGACAGUAGAGAGUAAAAGAUGGGAAGUUUCCUCAUUUGGCUCCAGUCCGUGUAAUUUUGAAUGCUCUGAGAAGAAAGAACUUAUACCUAAGUAAUAUGAUAUAACUGUAACCAUUAGCUAAGGGAAUUUUAAGUUGUUGCUGUGCUUUAAAAACUUUCAAGUUCCUAAACCUGAAGUUUUAAAUAGGUAGUUAACGAAAUGCUUGAAUCUCUAUCAUAGAGUCCACCAGUGUAAACAAAAGAAUGUCUUAUGUAUAUACACAUCUGAACUGGAUACCUUUGCUUAAAUAUUACUAACAUUGUAAAAAUGACAAAUGUUUUGGUAUUUCGUGAAUAUUUUUUCAACCUGAACAGUGAAAAAGCCUACUAGGUGCCAAUAAAAAUUUGGUCGAUUUUA